AUGUGGUACGAAAGAACAUUGUCUAAGCUGCCAGAGAGCAAGUUCCACGAGAACUUUCGCGUCAAUCGAUCUACGUUUAAGUACCUUGUGAGCGUGUGCGAGGGCAUGAAGAGAAAAGACACGGUAAUGCGCAAAGCGAUUCCUUUAGACAAGUGCGUCGCCAUUGCCCUGUACCGUCUCGCCACCUCCGCGGAAGACAGAACCGUGGCUAACCUUUUUGCCGUAAGCCGCUCUUCUGUCAACAACAACGUUCGGGAAUUCCGCGGUGCGGUUGUGCGGUGCCUAGAGAAGCGCCUAGUCAGGUUUCCACACACGCGGGAAUUGAAGGAACACUUGAGGCAAUUCCGAGCGAUGAACGGAUUGCCGCAAUGCCUGGGUGCCUUGGAUGGCUGCCGCAUAGAGGUUUGCCCACCUAAAGUACAUGGCACCGACCAUUAUAACUAUAAAGGGUGGUAA